AAGUGUCCGACGCCCCCGCAACCAAUUCGCUUAUAGAGGCCCGCAGAUCGGCGACGCCUCAGUUGCUAAACGUCGCGACGCCAAAACAUAACGUCCCAAUACCAUGGCCCCACGAAACAAGGAACAGGAACAAGAGGUCCUUAACUGGAUAUUCGCCGUGCUUGGGGAACCAGUUCCUAGCGGAGAUUACGAGAAUAUCCUUAGGGAUGGCGUCGUUCUGUGCAAUCUAAUGAACAAAUUGGCUCCCGGCUGCAUUAAAAAAAUCCAAACUAAAGGAACAAAUUUCCAACUUAUGGAAAACAUCGAGCGUUUCCAGAAGGCCGCGAAAGCCUACGGAGUACCUCAGGAAGAAAUAUUUCAGACUGCUGAUCUUUUCGAGAAGAGAAAUAUCCCCCAGGUAACAUUAAGUUUAUACGCCCUUGGUCGUAUUACACAGAAACAUCCCGAGUUCAAGGGACCAUCUUUAGGGCCCAAGAUGGCCGAAAAAUGCGAACGUCAAUUCACAGAAGAGCAACUACGUAGUUCAGAGGGACUUCUAAAUCUCCAAAUGGGCUACAACAAGGGUGCAUCCCAAUCAGGUCAUGGUGGCUUUGGAAACACCCGCCAUAUGUAAUUUUUAAGUUUUAUGUAUUUACGUUAUUUUUUAUUAUUCUAAAUAAAUAAUUUUUCUUAAAACAUUUUAGCCAAUAGGUAUCUACCUACCUAACACUAAACAAAAUGUACCCAUUUGUUUGUAAAUAGCGGACAUUGCAUUUGUUAACAACAUUUCAUCUUAGUGUAAUAUAAAUAAUAAUUGUAUGUAAUAAUAAAAAUAAUUCUUAAAAUUC